CUGUUGGUCUAUUGUCAAUCGUCUUAGUGUGUAGGUCGUACUGCCUAUCCAACUAUCGUUUGCACCGUUACGGAAUAAGCGAAUGGCCACAUGUGCAGUUCUCAGCCUCUUUCCACCCCAGCUGUCCUCCCAUUGGAGGAGCAAACGUACGAGUAUUACCCUGGUGACACAACCCUCUAUUUCCCUCCCCGGGGAAACGAGUACUGCACAUACCAAAUCCAAGCAACACGGGGAAGAAGGUAACAUUGUGUGGGAUUUAAUACCGUACGGUUUCGUUUCUGUUUCUUCAUCCUCUUGACUUCUGCUGUGUGGGAAGUAACAGCCUGAACAUAUAUAUCUCCAUCUGAGAUUUGAUACAGCAGCAAACAGUGACAAUUUGUACAUCCGUAGAGAAGUACAGAAGGCGCAAGCAAGAGAAGACAUUCAACAGACAGGACGAGUCAAAAUGCCAACAUACUUUAUUACCGGUGCCAACAGGGGACUGGGCCGUGAGUUAGUCAAGCAGCUGCUUGAAUCUGGGGAUAACCAUGUGAUUGCGACGCUCCGUCAUCUGGACAACAUCCCAGAGGUUAUGGUGACGAGAAACCCCAAGUUGACUGUGCUCAAGCUGGACUAUAACGACCCUCAAAGUUUGGUUACACUGGCAACUGAAUUACAGAAGAUGGAUUGUACUAUUGAUGUUUUCAUCGCAAACGCAGCUUUGAACAAUGCAAAGAGUGAUGUUCUGAACAGCACAGAGGAGGAGUACCUCAACUUCUUCAAGGUGAACACCUUAGGUCCUAUUGAGACGCUGAAGAUCAUCAAGCCGUACAUGUUGAAGUCCAAGUCCAGAAAGAUCAUCUUCAAGUCGAGUAUCAUGGGCUCAGUCUCCGAGUUCCCAUAUUUCCUUGCAAGUGCAUAUCCAUGUGCACCUUAUUGUCUUUCCAAAGCUGCCAUGAAUAUGCUGAGCAAGGAACUAAGCUAUGAGUUGAAACCCGAGAAUUUCAUCGUCAUAAGCUACCACCCUGGCCUGAUCGAUACCAAGGAGAAAGAUAGACCAAACGAUGACGUUAGCAUCAAACCGGACUUCGUUCCUGAUGAAGCCUUCAUCAAGUACGUUACAAAGGAGAACUUGAGUAUCGAAGAGGCCGUGAGACGUGAGUUGAAGAUCAUUUCCGAGCUGAAACCUGAGGAUAAUGGACACUUCAUGAGUCAUGAUGGUUCUUAUCUAGCUUUUUGAGCCGUUUACGUCUAUGGUUUCUCGUAACGUCACUGUAAAGGUCAUGAGCUUGGUCGUUGAAGCUCUUCUCGACCCAGUCCUCAACUAAAAUCCCCAUGGUUAAUAGUGCAGUUUCGUCAAACAGCAAUCUUUUACCUGGAUAUUUCUUAGCAACGUAGUAAUGUAUAACUUUCAACAGUUCCGAGUCAGGUAGCUUAAACUCAUGGGACCG